UCUCACUCAGAUCAGAAUUCACAGGAAUAUACGAGAAAACUGUUUAAGCCCAGUGAGUUCACGUAUAACUGUACUUUAGGUGAAUUUGUGUCGCUGCAGUUCCAUUUCACCAUGGCAUUUCGAAUUGUACUCACUUGCUUAAUCGUGGCCAUGGCAACCGCUUCAACAUCAGUGGGUAGUUGUGUGGUUAAAGGCAACCCCGACUUCAGACCAGAUCCCGAUGACUGUUCGGUCUUCUAUGUGUGCACCAAUGAGAUCCUGUACAAGUUCAACUGUUCAAACAGCGUGUUCGACCCCGAGACCAAAACAUGCGUCGGCCAGGGAUCCAUCUACGACAAUUGUACCAAGAAGGACACCCGAGCGGAGACGGUCAUCUGUCUUCCAGAGUCCCGUGCCUUGAUCCCCCACCCCACCAACUGUGCCCAGUACUACAACUGCUCUGCUCCGACAAGGUUCAGGUGGCCAGAACAUCUGAGCGAGUGCCCCUACCCCCAGUUUUACAACGUCAUCACUAAGCGGUGCGAGCACUACACCAUGGUGAAGUGUGGUGAGAGAGUCGAAGCCAUCAGUCACUGCGACUACCGUGCGAACCAGUGCCUGGCUGCUCACUGUAUCCCCUGCAUGGUGCGCUUCCCAAGUUGCAAGGGUCUUCCCGACGGCUUGAACCACUGGGUGGGCAGGGAAGACUCACCCUACUUCGUCGUGUGUGAGGGUGGACGGAUGGUGUAUUCGGGUUUGUGCAACCAGGAGAACGGACCACAGUUCUUCGAUCAAGCCAAGAGGAUGUGCGUUGAGCGGACUGCUUGAAGUAAUGAAGAUGAAAAACUUUCUCAAUUUCUUGCACUUGGUACUGUUUCUGAACUUCCUGUUUCAUGAUUGGUCAUUCCUUAUUUGGCAGUCAUAUUCACCUCGGGGUCACGUGAUGAUGGACUUUUGUGCCGCAGUCCGGAAUUUCCUUUACACAUUCCCGGACUUCUUCAGCGUAUUCUAUAACUGGUUGUGGCCAUUUAGAAAUCCAAAUUUAGACAUUCAAGUUUCUUUCAUGUGUUCAAGGAAUCAAAUUUAACAAAUGCGCGUCCUAAAUAGGAUUUCUAGAGUCUUUGUGAUUUUACGUGAAUAAAAAUUUAAGUCAUUACCAUGAAAACCGUCUGUUGCCUAAAUUAUAUUGGAGUUUGUGAACAAUAUUGUGUUCUGUAUGGUACCAAGCUUGUAUUAAACACUUGAAGUAUUGACCUGCCCGUCAUUGAAUGUGUACACACUAACUCUGUAAGUCCCAUUGCAGCCGGUAUAAACACCCGGUUUAUUUAUUUCUGAAUCUUUGUAAUUAUGAUCAAUGUGUUGUGUUUGUGUGUUGUGUUAACAGUGUUGUGUAAUUUGAUUGUAAAUCUAAACUCAAUUCCCCAGCGGAUUCGGGUUUUAUUCUCGCUUAGAAUAUCCGUUAAUAUGAGUUCAGUGUAAAUUGAACAUUGUAUGUUGUAAAUAUGCUUGAUUGAAUAAAUAUUUCUACCAAUUA